AUGGCAUCAUUCUUACCACCUAAUCUAUUGUUGAUGUUUGUGGCACGUCCACCUCUUGAAUAUAUAGCACCUAUACCAAAACCACAGCUACCGAACUACUCUGGUCUCGCAGCAUUCAAGAGUUCAUUCAGUGCGGAUCCACCACCUCCACCCGCAACCAAAAUAGAAUCACGUGAUCAAAUCAAACAGAGAAAGAUCGAACAGAAAGUACAACAAAAUACAGAAAAGAAUUUGAAAUCAUUAAAACAAUGGGACCCACAUUCAAAUACAAAAUCAACAGGUGAUCCCUAUAAAACACUGUUUGUCAGUAGAAUCAGUUAUAAGACAUCAGAGUCAAAAUUAAAGAAUGAGUUUUCACAAUAUGGUCCCAUUAAAAAGAUAAGAUUGGUCACCGAUCAAGUCACUGGCAAACCAAAAGGUUAUGCAUUUAUAGAAUUUGAAAAAGAAAGAGAUAUGAAAAUCGCAUAUAAACAAGCAGAUGGUCAAAAGAUAGAUGAUAGAAGAGUUUUGGUUGAUAUAGAAAGAGGUAGAGUCAUAAAGAAUUGGAAACCAAGAAAGUAUGGUGGUGGACUUGGAAAUACUAGAGCCGGUGGUGCCGACGUCAACCAGACUUUCUCGGGUAGAGAGAUGUCCGAACAGAGAGAGGCUGAGAAGCGUAGAGAGGAGCAGGAGAAACUGAACCAGAGACAGCGUGGCGGAUCAAGUGGCGGACCCGAUAGAAACAAUAGUGGCGGUAGUGGCUACAGAGAUAGAAAACCAUAUGACCGUCCAAGAGGAUACGAAAGCGGUGGUAGACGUGACGACAAUGGCGGUGGUAGACGUGAUGACCGUCGUGGUGGAGAUGAUAGACGUGGCGGUGGUGACGAUAGACGUGGUGGUGGCGACGACCGUCGUGGAGACAGCCGACGUGAUGAUAGAGACAGAGACAGAGACAGAGAUAGAGAUAGAGAUAGAGGUGGUGAUAGAGAUAGACAUAGAGGUUCUACCGGUGGCGGUGGUGACAACUACCGUUCUGGUGGCGGUGGUGGUGACAGAGACAAUAGAGAAGAUCGUUAUCGUGGCGGUGAAAGUCAUCGUGAUCGUAGAGACGACAGAAGAGACGAUAGAGAUGGUAGCGGUAGAUCAUCGCGUGAUGAUAGAGAUCACAGAAGACGUGACGAUAUGAGCAACGGUGGUGGUGGUGGUGGCAUGCCAAUGAAUAUGGGUCAAGGUGGUGGUGGAAUGGUUAUGAGCAACGGUGGUGGUAAUGGAAAUAUGGUUGGUGUUGGUCGUGAAAGAGAAAGAGAUAGAGAUUAUUAA